AUGAAGGCCUUCUCUAUUCCAUCUCAAUAUAGAUGGAAAUCCGCUAAACAAUACCCUUCGAAGUAUCGUCAGGAGUUGCAUCUCGCAUUACAAAGACUUGCCAUUCCUCCAAACCUCCCUAACCAGAAGCUUUUCAAAAUCACCACAUCCGCAGGCAAGGGUCAAGGCUGGAAAGCCCUCAAAGACAUUCAGCCAGGCACCCCUUUACUUGACGAAGAAGCACUCUUCUGGGUGCCGGAUGAUACAACUGUCGACGAGACCUUUGAUCGCUUCGAGGGCUUCUCGACACUUAGCUGUCCAAAUCCUGCUACUCCUCAACGCCGCUUUGAAGUGAAUAGCUUCGCGAUGGGCAAAGACAGACGGCAAAAGACUAGAUCGGGAAUCUUUUUGCUAGCGUCUCGGAUCAAUCACUCGUGCAUACCAAAUGCAUACUGUGCAUGGAAUUCGGAUCUGGGCAAAAAGGGCCGACUCACAGUAUAUGCAAUUGUGUAUAUACCAAAGCAUGCUGAGAUUCUUAUCGACUACUGCUAUCCGGAUUCAUUGAAAAGCAGGGACCAACGCCACCAAGGUCGUAGCAACUAUGGGUUUACGUGCACCUGUACAGCUUGUCAGUCGAAUACAGAUUCUGGCACGGAGAGUCAGAACAGCCGACAGAUAAUGGGUAACCUCGAGAGCCAGAUCGAUCAGCGAGUGCCACAAGACAACAAUGAGGAACUCACUCCACGAUCUAUACCGACUCAGUGA